AUGCUUUUCUUCUUCCUCAUUCUACCAGCAAUCCUUGCUCUCACCUCCGCCUCCCACAAUGGCAAAAGCCACCAUCACCGCUCCACCAACACCCAACUAAUCAACAUCCACGUGGGCGAAAAGCCCCACACCUUCACCCCCGACACAAAGACAGGCGCUCAUGCCGGCGACAAGCUCGUCUUCCACUUCCACCCUGAGAUCCACAGUGUGGUGCGCAGUACGUUCGAGCAGCCUUGCGUUCCGCUAGAGGGCGGGGAUGGAAUAUCGUCCGGACCAGUGGAAUUCACGAGCGCAGCUGCGGUUGCGAGCCUCGAAGACUACAAAGCUGCUGCGAAGAAAGCGGUUGUGGAAAAUCUGAGUGCCGUUAUGGGUGGCAGCUUCUCAACUGCUGGUCUUACAGGGAGCGGUACGGUUGAUGGCACCUCUUCGAUUGCUGGAGUGACGGCAAGUGGGAUUGCUGGCGACAAACCACCGAGUUCUGGAGCUGUACCGAAUGGAGCGGUCGAUAGCGAAUCCUUAAAUGCUGGAGUCGCACAGAAUGCGGACUAUGAGGUAGAUAAAUGA